UUUUUUUUUGCAAAAUAUUACUUUUUUUUAACCUUGAAAACAUGCUUGCUGCUGAACCCAAACUCAAACCCAGGCUCAAGCCCAAGCUUAGGCUCAAGGUUCUCUGUCUGCACGGGUACACACAGGACGCCUCGAUAUUCAAAACGAUGCUCCGCAACCACACAACUGAGCUCCAACCCAAUGUCGAUUUUGUUUUCAUCGAUGCCCCGAAUAUCCUGCGUCCGUACGAUAUUGACGGAAUCGAUAAUAUGGCUCGCACAGCCGCUGCUGCUAAAUUGGAUGGCUUGGAGCCGAGGGAGUUGAAGGGCUGGUAUUCUUUGAAGAACGACAAUCCCGAGAUUGUGCAAGGCCUGAAUGAGAGCAUCGCAUUUCUGGAUACUGUGCUUGAUGAGCAGGGUCCGUUUGACGGGAUAUUUGGCUUUUCUCAAGGUGGUCUGGUUUCUGCUGUUUUGUGCUCACUUUUGGAAUUUCGCAGUCCACUUAUCCGAUCAUCCCACGGGCCAUUCAAAUUUGCCAUACUUUGUUCUGCAUACAAGCUCAAGGACUCACAAUGGACUCAAGUGUACGGACGCCCUAUUCGCACCCCAUCCCUGCAUGUGCUUGGUGUUUUAGACGGAAUGGUCAGUAUCAAUAAGUCUAUGGAACUUCGAGACUGUUUUGUAAACCCAGAGGAGCUGUACCAUGUUGGAACGCAUUUCGUUCCAAAGACUAGAGAGGUUGUUUUGGCCGUUUCUAAAUUUAUCGGACAAUUUUAAUCAAUAAUUAUUCAUCAGUUUCAUUUGAUUUUUUUUAUUUGUUCUUGG